UCCACAGGGUCUUCGUGCGUAAAAUGCACUAUAUACGGACUAUAUUGUAACAUUUUUGUUUUAACUUCACCUAACGAAGAUUUUAAUAUGUCAAAGGAGCCGGAUAAAAGUCCUUCUGAGAGAGAAAACUCAGCUUUUAUUGACGAUAUGGACUCUGAUCCAGCGUCUUCUCCAUCAACAUGCGACGAACACGGAUCCAAGCAGGCGCACACCGGGACCGGUACCAAGCCGGACAGCGAGGACGAUGACCGCUUCCCGCCGUGUAUUCGAGAUGCUGUGUCGCAAGUUCUCAAAGGCUAUGACUGGUCCCUGGUUCCAAUCCCUAUGCUGGGUAACAGGUCUUUGAAAGACAAGCCUCAUGUGAAGAGACCCAUGAACGCGUUUAUGGUGUGGGCUCAGGCUGCGCGCAGAAAACUGGCAGAUCAGUAUCCGCAUCUCCACAACGCAGAACUCAGCAAGACUCUGGGCAAGUUGUGGAGGCUGCUCUCUGAGAGUGAAAAAAGACCUUUUGUGGAAGAGGCGGAGAGACUACGGCUCCAGCACAAGAAAGACUAUCCGGAUUAUAAGUAUCAGCCCCGGAGGAGAAAAAGCCUAAAGCCGGGUCAAAGUGAGCUGGACGCGGUGGUUGAGAAGAAUCAUCACCCUUCGGAUGAAAUAUACAAGGUAGAACCGGGUAUGAGAGGCAUGCACCAUCAACCACUCCAUGGUGUACAACCACAUGGCCCUCCCACACCUCCUACCACCCCAAAAGCCGAUCAGCACCAAGGCGCGAAACUGGAGAGCACGAGACAGAACAUCGAUUUCAGCAAUGUGGACAUAUCAGAGCUCAGCAGUGAUGUCAUAGGCAACAUGGGCACUUUUGACGUCCAUGAGUUUGAUCAGUAUCUGCCGUUAAAUGGCCACGCCUUUAACACGGAGAACAACAGCGGGCAGCACUCCAGUUCUGGCUGUUUCAGCACAUCCUAUCAACAUCAUCAUCCCCACAGUAAUGUUUUGACAUGGAACAAGGGCUCAGGGUCACCAUCCACAUCCUCGCAUAACAGCACAAACGAGUCAAGCCAACAAAGGCCGCUCAUUAAAACAGAACAAUUAAGUCCCUCUCAUUACGGAGUGUCUCACGGGUCACCGACCCAGUUUGAACUGGGCUCAUCCUCAUCCUCCGUCUCCAGCUCCCUCAAUGACUGUUCCGACCUGCAGAGCUCUAGUUACUUCACUACAUUUUCCAGGUACCCGACCGGCAUUUAUCAAUAUCCAUAUUUCCAUUCGUCCAGACGAUCGUAUGUGACUCCUGUUAUGAACAGUUUGUCAAGUCCAUCUCACAGUCCUGGAGCAAGCUGGGAACAGCCGGUUUACACAACGUUAACUAGGCCAUGAUGUGAUUUUGCCAUUGUGUGGUUCUGAAAUAAACUCAGUUAAGGUGUAAUCUUAGAUUGCUCUCACCUCUUCUAGGACUUAUGUGGAGUUCGAAUGUGCCUAAGUCCAAAAAUGCUGUCUGGGUAUGCGGCUCCCAAGGUUUUGAGAUAUAGACUACAGUAUGUGUGUCCCAUAUGAUCCUGGACCGUCAGUAUUUGGUCAAAUGGGAUGCUGUGUCUUUUCAAGAUGUUUGUGGAUAAAACUUUUAUGUUGCUAUUUCAUAGACUUUUCUGGUGGUUUUCUAGACCUUUUGUAUUUCUGUAUCAUUUUGGAUUCAUUUUUCAACAUUGAAUGUUUUGUGUUUAUACUCUGGUCUGUACAGUACAAGACAAUAACAGUAUAAUAUUUUUUUCUGAUUGAGAGCCAGUUGAAAUCAAACUCUCAACUACAUUAUUUAAAUGCAAUCAUGGACUUACAUCUUACUAAUAUCGUAUUAAAACUAAA